GGGGUUGCUGGCCCAGCACACGCACGAGUUCCCAUCUCCUGCCACCUGCCCCCCGGGCGCUGGCCGUGAAAGGGCGACCCCGACAGUCGGGGCUGUGUGGGGUGAGGGACCUGGGCUGCCCUAGCGGCCUCAGCUCUCCGCCCGCCUGCCCUGACCGCAGCCGCAUCCCCGCGCCCCUCCGGCGCCGCCGGCCGAUGCGAACCUGCCGCCUCGCGCGGCCUGAGGCUCGGAGGGCUGCGGGCGGCCGCUGGUUGGCGGCGGGGGGACACGUGAGGGAGGAGGGGGCGGCAGCGGGAGCCGGAGUUUCCCCGACAGCUGGAGGUUGCGGCGGCUCCUCCUCCCCGCUCGAGCCAGGGCCCCCCGCGCUCCUCCUUAUUUACAAACACACAAAGGGCCGGGCCGGGGUCGCGUCUGCAGCCGGCAUGGGAGACAAGAAGAGCCCGACCAGGCCGAAGCGGCAGCCGAAACCCUCCUCGGACGAGGGCUACUGGGACUGCAGCGUGUGCACCUUCCGGAACAGCGCCGAGGCCUUCAAGUGCAUGAUGUGCGAUGUGAGGAAGGGCACUUCCACCCGGAAACCUCGACCUGUCUCUCAGCUGGUUGCACAACAGGUUACUCAGCAAUUUGUGCCCCCUACACAAUCAAAGAAAGAGAAAAAAGACAAAGUAGAAAAGGAAAAAAGUGAAAAGGAAACAACUAGCAAAAAGAACAGUCAUAAGAAAACCAGGCCAAGAUUGAAAAAUGUGGAUCGGAGUAGUGCCCAGCAUUUGGAAGUUACCGUUGGAGAUCUGACAGUCAUUAUUACAGACUUUAAGGAGAAAACUAAGUCACCACCUGCUUCCAGUACUGCAUCUGCAGAUCAACACAGUCAGAGUGGUUCUAGCUCUGACAAUACAGAGAGGGGAAUGUCCAGGUCAUCUUCGCCCAGAGGAGAAGCCUCAUCGUUGAAUGGAGAAUCUCAUUAAAGUUUAUUUUCUCCAGUU